AAAAUCCUUCCGUAUUCGUCUAAUUUUACACGCACCACACACAGUAAACAACAAUGGCGAGAGCAACAAGGCACCAAUUAGCCCCAUCAGCUUCUUUUGAAGCCCUAACCCAAACCCUAACCCAAGAAACCCCAUCAUCGUCAUCAUCACCGUCGCCAUCGCCGUUGCCAUUGCAGCAACAGCGUGAGGAAACUCUGGUUUUGAGAUUGAAGCCGAAGAAGAAGAAGGUGACGUGGAAAGAAGGCACCGUCGACAACGAAUUUCUCAACAAGAAAAGCUCGAAAAAAUGCUGUAUUUUUCACAAGGAAAAGUCCUUCGAUGAAGACGACAGCGAUGAUGAAAAUGGUAAUCAUGUUCAUGAUUGUGAUCAUCAUACCCAUGGCAAGGGCUGUGAUUGAUUUGGAUUGUGAAUUGAGAAUCUACUCGAAGGAAUAUUUUAAGUGGCAAAUUUGUUGUAGUGGUUUUGUCAAGGAAUGAUGAUGCUAUUAGAAAAGUUGUUUUGUACGGUGAAUAGUUGUAAUAUAAGAGAUACUUUUGGAAUCUGAACGAAGAUUUUCUAAUUUUUUUUGCUUUUUAAUCUUGGGAUUUUUUA